AUGCCGCCCCCAGCCUUCAAGAAAGCUGAAGACAAAUUUGUUCAGAAGGACAAGGCGAAGCCACCUGGGACAAGGGAGAUGAUGAAGGCACAAUCUGUCUUUAAGAAGCUGACACUGGAAUUGGUCAAGGCUGAGUGGCGAUUGGUGACACAUGGGCACACGACAUGGGCACGUCACCACGUCAUUCCAGGACUGGAGGAGUCUGUCGCCGAGGUGAGGGAAGGAACCACGCCCACCCUGCCACCUCCAGGAGGCCUGGCUGAGCCCCUGCAGGCUGACCACUCGCCAUCCUCCUCUCCUACCAGCCGUGAGACCUGGCCCUCCAUGCUGUUGUCACCAACAGGAAGUGCGGUCCCCCCCAAGGCCACCCCUGCCAGGUCCAGGCUCCUCCCACCUCUUGCGUUUAAUCACACGGUUGGCCACAUAAUACUUUCUGAACACAAGGGCGUCAAGUUUAACUGCUCCAUCAGUGUCCCCAAUGCAUACCAGGAUGCCCAUAUUUCCUGGUGGAAGGAUGGCAAAGAGCUGCUGGGGGCACACCAUGCUGUCACCCACUUCUACCCAGACGACGAGGUCACGGCGGUGAUCGCUUCUUUCAGCAUAACCAGUGUGCGGCGUUCGGACAAUGGGUCCUACAUCUGCAAGACGAAGAUAGAGAACGAUGAGAUCGUAUCUGACCCCAUCUACAUCGAGGUGCAAGGACUUCCUCACUUCACUAGGCAGCCCGAGAGCCUGAACGUCACCAAAAACACCCCCUUCAACCUCACCUGCCAGGCUGUGGGCCCACCUGAGCCCGUCAGCAUCUUCUGGGUUCAGAACAGCAGCCGGGUCAAUGAGCGGCCUGAAAAGUCCCCAUCCAUCCUGACCGUUCCUGGUCUAGCGGAGACGGCGGUCUUCAGCUGCGAGGCCCACAAUGACAAGGGGCUGACCGUGUCCAGGGGUGUACAGGUCAACAUCAAAGCACUCCCCGCCCCACCAGCUCAAGUCAGCAUCCACUACCAGAGUGCGCAUGCCGUCCUCAUCUCCUGGGUCCCGGGCUUUGACGGCUACUCCCCGCUCAGCAGCUGCAGAGUUCAGGUCGCGGAAGCUGACGCACUGAGCAACGGCUCCGUCAUGAUCUUCAACGCCUCUGCUUCGCCACCUCUGUAUCGAGUUGAGCAGCUGCGGGCCCUGGCCAACUACAGCAUCAGCGUCUCCUGCAGGAAUGAGGUCGGCUGGUCAGCGCCCAGCCCUUGGGUCCAGGCCAGCACGACCGAAGGAGCCCCAUCAGCAGCUCCCUUGAAUGUCACUGUGCUUCUGAAUGAAUCUGGUGACAAGGUGGAAGUCCAGUGGGUCCCGCCCCCGAUCGAGCGGCAGGAGGGGACACUGGUGGGCUACCGGCUCUCUCACGUGUGGCAGAGCACCCACAUUUCCAAAGAGCUAUCUGAGGACAUCGGCCAGCAUGGCAGCCAUGCCGAGCUCCCUGUCCAAGUCCGCAAUGCCACCUGCACAGUGAGAGUUGCUGCCAUUACCAGCGGAGGAGUUGGGCCUUUCAGCGCUCCAGUGAAAGUCUUCGUCCCUACAGCUGGCUGGGUAGAUUACGCCCCCUCGUCGACCCCAGCGCCUGGCAGUGCAGACCCCGUGCUCAUCGUCCUUGGCUGCUUCUGCGGAUUCGUCCUGAUCGGGCUGGUGUUGUAUGUUUCUCUGGCCAUCAGAAAGAGGAUCCGGGAGACAAGGUUUGGGAACGCCUUCCCCGGGGAACAUUUGGAACUGGUCGUCAACUACACAGCGAAGAGAUCCUUCUGUCGGCAUGCCGUCGACCUCACCCUGCGUGGCUUGGGGGUCAGUGAAGACCUGCAGAGGAAGCUGGAAGAUGUUGUGAUUGACAGGAAACUUCUGACCCUUGGGAAGAUCCUGGGUGAAGGAGAGUUUGGGUCUGUCAUGGAAGGAGACCUUGAUCAGCAAGACGGGACCUCGCAGAAAGUGGCCGUGAAGACCAUGAAGUUGGACAGCUUUUCCCAGCGAGAGAUUGAGGAGUUCCUCAGCGAGGCCGCAUGCAUGAAAGACUUCAGGCACCCGAACGUCAUCCGACUGCUAGGUGUCUGCAUAGAGAUGGGCUCCCAGGGCACGCCGAAGCCCAUGGUGGUCUUACCCUUCAUGAAAUACGGGGACCUGCACACCUACUUACUUUACUCCCGGCUGGACACAGGACCAAAGCACAUUCCUGUGCAGACACUGCUGAAGUUCAUGGUGGAUAUUGCCCAGGGGAUGGAGUAUCUGAGCGACAGAAACUUCCUUCAUCGCGACUUAGCCGCUCGAAACUGCAUGCUGCGGGAUGACAUGGCCGUGUGUGUCGCGGAUUUCGGCCUCUCCAAGAAGAUCUACAGUGGUGACUACUACCGCCAGGGCCGCAUCGCCAAGAUGCCCGUCAAGUGGAUCGCCAUCGAGAGCCUGGCGGACCGCGUCUAUACGAGCAAAAGCGACGUGUGGGCGUUUGGCGUGACCAUGUGGGAGAUAGCCACUCGGGGGAUGACGCCCUACCCUGGGGUCCAGAACCACGAGAUAUACGAGUACCUUCUGCAUGGACACAGGCUGAAGCAGCCGGAGGACUGCCUGGACGAACUGUAUGACAUAAUGCACUCCUGCUGGAGGGCCGAGCCCCUGGACCGGCCCACCUUUUCUGUGCUGAGGCUGCAGCUGGAGAAGCUCUUGGAGAGUUUGCCAGAAGUGCGGGAUGGAGCUGAAGUCAUUUACAUCAACACACAGUUUCCAGAGUGCGGGGAGGGCCCAGCAGACAGCCCCCCACUUGCUCAGCAGAGCCUGGUCCUAGACCCCAACUCUGUCCUUGCUUCCUGUGCUCCCAGCACAGCCAUCAGCAUGGUCACAGCACAGGUCCAUGAGGACAGACCUCACGAGGGACGGUACAUCCUGAACGGGGCCAGCAAGGACUGGGAGGACGUGGCCCCGGCCACCCCAGCCACGGGGAUGGCGGGAAACAGUGGGCUUGUGCGGGAGGACACACGUGUGAGGAGCCAAGCCUCCUGGUCCCAGCCCAGCACACUACCCCUGGGGGGCCCGCCUCCUGACAAGCUUUUGUUUACGGACGACGACUCAGAAGACUCGGAGGUCCUGGUGUGAGGAGAGUGAACCAGGGACAUUGCUGUGCCUUCAAGGUCCACGCUGGCUCGAAGGUUCCACGUUCCGUCUUCCCUACCAUAAAUGCCACAGCCGGAGAACUCUGGGUGAAUGUUGUCCAGGGUUUCACCAUUAAAAAUACGUAAUAUAUAUUUAUUUAAAGAGAAAAUAUGUUUAUGUAUAUGAUGAAAGAGACAUAGAUGUUGUAUUUUAAUAAAAGAUGGCUGUUCCAUGUCCCUUAUCUCGUGGAUCUUAAAACGUAGGCUCCAACAGCCUCGUCCCUACGGCUGCCCCUUGAUGGUAACACUGGCCGACUCAACGUUUUAAGUUCUUUUUCAUGUCUUUUAUAUGUAAAAUUAUUUGUGAAAUGAAACACCAUAUUUGACUUUGCUUCUGGUCUCAUGAAAAAUCAGAUUCUCCUACAUGAAUCAACUGAUAUGAAUGCAUUUGACAGUGAACAUUCCAUAGCUGGUUAAUUCUUCCACGUGCUGCUAAUAAAAUGUGAACAAAGAA